CAAGCGAUGCUGGCUUGAACGUCAUUGUCCCUGUUUAGUUGUACUGCUUUGGGAAACCGCGGGCUGUGUAGAUCGAGGUGCAUGGAAAGAAAUCCUGAAUUUCCCACGGAUGCUGAGUUUACUUCCAACUUGGAUUUGUCAUCGACUAGUCAGAAUUGAUUUAUUUUGAUGGCACAGAAUGGGUUCAGGAAGGUUAUGAGGAGCGGUAUAUUUCAGAGGAACUCGGUGACUUCGCGCUGCGCAGACGAUACGAGUGAUUGAAUCACACGUAGAAAACAAUGGUGAUCUAGGCUUUGAACAUAAUAUUUCCUCGAGAUGAAUGAUUUGUUUUGAAGGGUAACUCGAUGUUUUCAGCGCUAUUGUGAACCAGUCGCAUCUUGAUGUCGGCAAUUUAUAAUGCAGUGAUACUUAUGUUGUCAUUGGUUUAAUUUCUAGAUAUUAAUCCAAGAAGAGACAGUGUGCUUUGUUUUGGAGCACGGUCGUGGAUACUUAGCAGGGCCAGGGGGCGUGCGUAUACGGUUUGUUUGUGUAACGUAAUUAUGGAGAAGAACAAUAUAUCGUCUGCUAGGGUCAUCUUGUGGUGUGCCCCUCGCUGUACAUCCAACCUCUUCGCGAAAUGUGUCACGGCUAUCCCGGGGAACGAAGUAUGGAUUGAACCCUUCCAGUACUCGCAGUUUGCCCACAACGAAAUGAAACGUAUGGGACUGAUCGAGUCGGACGGGCCUCUGCCGUACUCGUAUGAAGACAACGAGGAUCUAUUCGAGAAGGCCGCUGGAGGCAUCGCCCAGUUCCUAGGCUCCGAGAUAAAGCCACAACGUCUGCCGUAUGCCGCUGUGAAGAGUUCUCUGGAGCAUUCAACCAGUAAACAAGUAUUCGUCAAAGAUUUCGGCCUUGCGGUGAACUCCGAGGUCCUCCGCCAGUAUCUGCCUGUCGGCUACAAGCACACAUUCCUCAUCCGGCAUCCGUACCUCGCCUACCGGUCCUACCGCAAGGCACUAUGCGCGCAAAUGGUUGCAAUCGGACGUCUGAGCGGGGAGGACGACGAGAACUGCGACCUCGCACUCAUGGGAGCGGCUCCCGGUGCGUUGGUCGAGGACUAUUUCCUGAAGAACCACGAAAUGUGGAAGUACGUCCGCGAGAACAUAGAUCCGAAUCCCGUCGUCGUUGACUCCAGCGAUCUCCUUCAAAACCCUGCCCGGAUCAUGUCGAAGUACUGUGACGCCGUUGGAUUGCCGUAUUCGGACUCGCUUUUGACGUGGGAGGCGACGGCGGAUUCGUACCACACAUGGAAACUCGCAGGUGACAACAUCAUGGACAACGCGGAGAACUUCGUAGGGACUUUGAUGAAAACGACGGGUUUCAUGCCGCCAUCUGAAAUACCGUCACGUGAUGAACUGACCAGUGACGUCAUUAAAGCUUCGGACGCCUCUAUGGCAUGUUACGAAGAAAUGUAUGCAGCGCGAAUUACUUAAAUUACGUUUAUACUGUCUUAUAUGAGGAUGGAAUAUUUGGGAAAGAUGAUGAUGUGGGAUUACGACUUAGUGUCUUUCAAGGGUUAGUGUGGUUACUUUGUAAAACUUUCAUAUCACAAUACACCGCCGCCCCGCCCCAUUGCAUUUCCAGGAAAAUAUACAUUAACCCACAACAUUAGAUUGAGGUCUAGUCUUUUCGUUGGUGACCAAAGCAAUCAUUUGCCUCAGUUUAUAGGGAGGAAGUGUGUGAUGAAUACCAUGAUGAAACCAUAUUUUCAUCCUUUAUUUUAUAGAAAAUCUCCAUGAUUAAAGCCUAUUUUCGUUGUUUAUUUAUCAAAUUCUGCAAACA